UGCGCUACAAUUACAGUUUACAAAGCAAAGCAGGCAUUGGCCUUUCAGAAUUCAGACUCGCCAUCUUCUUUCUUCUCUGCAUCCUUCAUUCCUUCCCUAUCUGACGAGACCCGUUAUUAGUUUUUGCAGUUUAGGUGAGGGCACUAGUAGCAAUGGCGUCUGCUAUUUCGAGAAACACAUAUUGUUGCUUCAUUCGUCGCAGUCUCCUCUUCUACAGUCAGCAUCACUCGAAGCUAAUUAAGGCAUCAUCUCCCUAUAUUCAACGCUUCCAUGGAGUCCCGGACAUUCCCCCAUUUGGAGCCAACCCAGACCCAGCCAUCCCAUCGGUUAGUUAUCUAGGUUAUGGAACACAAUCGUGCACUGUAAUUCAAAGAUGUCUAUGUAAUAGCACUACUGUUAAUCCUGAAAACAUAGCACCAAAGAAGCCUGUAGAAUCUAAUCAUGAGGAGAGUGAGAAAUCUGGCGAAUCACAAAGGACUGGUGAAACCGGAAAGCCUGUUCGCCUGUUCGGGGCGGGCCUGUUUCAUGGUUGAGCUUUCUCUUUCUGAUUACAACUGGAGCAGGGCUUAUAUUUUAUUAUGACAAGGAGAAGAAGCGGCACAUUGAAGGUAGA